AUGUUCAACGGUUGGCGAGCUCUAAUCGCCCGUCCGCCUUCGCUCGUUGGCAAUCUGGAUGUCCACGGGCCUUUGGCAGCGCACAUGGAACAGUUGCGCGUGUUCCUUGACAAGAUCAAAAAUCUAUGUGUCCUCGCAAAGAACGAUCCAGACUUGUCAUUUGAAGGUUUGAGCGCAAUCGAUCCGAAGAUGGAAGCGUUGCCCGAAGUGACACUAUUGGACUUCCUGCUGGAAUCACAGCACAUUUUGGAACUACGGCGGGUGCUGAAUUUUCAUAGAAGAGUGGAUGACUACGUUUAUUACUUCGAAAAUGUCUGGCCUUUACCAACUCAUUACACGCCGCGGUUACUAUACAAGCUCAAGAUAGACGAUUCUUUCGUGGAGCCCCUACCAGUUAUGCCUUGGGAGAUUUCCAAAAAAGAGGUCGAUGAAGAGGGGAAGGAUACUGAAAGGGAUGAAGAACAAAGUAUCGUCAGUUCGGAUAGUGAC